AUGCAAGGGCCUGGACGGAGCCUCCAUUUCAGGACUGCGAUUCUCGCGUCAAACACUUCAACGCCCCUCCCCAACCCGGUCAUAUACAGCACACGGCUAGCCUUCGGGAAUAACAGCAUGGUCGCUGCCGCGUGCUAGGCAUACACCUCCCAUGUUCGACGACUACAACUCGAGAAGUCGCGAGGGCCGGCCACGGUCGCCCUCGCGCGACGACCGAGAGCAUUACCAGCCGCGGAAGGGUAAAAGCCAUGGAUAGCAUCUUGGGAAAAGCCACGCUGCACACGGAGCAACAAAUCGAGACACGACCGCUAACACGAACCGUGCCGUCAUGAUUCCAUCUCAAAAAGACCAAUCGAGAAGCCCGGCCAGGAGCCCCGCGCCGAGGGCAUGGCUGCCCGAGGACGGCUACCGCGACGGCCGCGGCCCCGAGCAAUCGCGCCAUCGAGGGCGCUCCGAUCGCUACUACCAGGAUGACGGUCCCUCGAGGGGCGGCGGCGGCGGCGGCUGGCGCGGGGGUGAGCACCCCGACACGCUAAAGUACGACGAUGACGACUACGACGACUCGCACGAUGAUUGUGCUCGCCGCCGUCCGAGGUCGCGCUCCCCGUACAGCUCCGAGCGCCACGGCCGCUCCCCCUCGCCGCUCCCACGACAGGGUCCACACCACACACUCAUCAUGGAAGGCUUGCCGAUGGAAGUCAACGAGGACGACAUUCUCGACGGAUUCGACGCAUUCACAAACUCGCCACAUUUCUCCUCGGAGCAUAUACGAUCUAUGCGCCUUCGUACCAACAAGCUGAACCGCCGUAUAUGCUUCGUCGAAUUCAACUCGGUUGACGAUGCUGAGGACUUUGCCGAGAGGUGCCGCUUCAGCAUGGAGUUUGACCUGCCCGCUGUAGGCGGCAUGGAGAUGGAGAAAGUGCGGGUGAACCUCAACUACAGCCGCGCUAGGGAAGACGGCGGCAGGGGAGACAACCGCUCCGACAACUCCUGGACAUGUCCUAGUUGCGCCUCGCCCAACUACUCCCGUCGGUCAACCUGCUACAAGUGCGGUGUGAAGAAUGACGACGACGGCGCCAGCGGAGCCCCCAUUUUAACGGGAGAGACUGACGAGGCGUCCCCUGAUAUGCCCUCCCAAUACCUCGUAGUCCGGGACCUAGAGCCCUCGGUGACGGAAGAAGUCCUGGCCAGAGGGAUAGCCAAGCUCUACUUGGACGAAAGCCGACAGCCGAUCAAGGAGGAAGCUCCACCUACCAAGAAACUCAAGUCGACUGCGCCGGUCGGCAACACGACAAAUCUUGGCGCAAGGCCAGGGUCACUACGCCGCGUCUUUCUCAUGCGCGACAAAUGGUCCAACGACUCGUGGCGAUAUGGGUUCGCAGAGUUUCAGACCCUCGAAGAUGCACAUGCUGCGCUUGCCAAGUUCCGAGCGUCAUCCAAGUUUACUAUUGCAUCCAAGCCUGUCACCGUUGGCUUCAUCCACACAGGAGUCUUUGUGCCUGCAAGAGAGCCACCAAGAGAAGCUGACCAGCAACAGGCAGCCCCUCGGAACCGGGAGUCAUUCGUUCCGGUUUAUAACCGCGAUGUGCUUCUGCAGUACUGGGACGGUCGCGCGUACCCGAGCAUACACGACGUGAACGUUGAGCAACAGCCUGAAUCGCCGGCCCCCGAAGAUGGCGAUAAAGCACAGAGCCCUGGGAAGGGUGGCGUUAUCCGAGACCAGGGUUGGCUGGACGCAAACGGCAAGAGGACUAAGAAACCCAAGGACAAGACGAUAGCCAUGGGGGGCCAGAUGAAGAUGUGGCUUGAAAAGAGCGCAGAGCUACACGGCAACAAGGCAGCAGCCAGCGAGGACGAAACGGACAAAGCCAUGGGAGACACAGACAAGACAGCCGGUCCGGCAGGCAGGCGACGGGCUUUUGGUCCACGGGCGGCGCACAGUAAUGACACAUACACGUCAUACGGCGUCGCUGAUGAGCAGACAUGCUGUUUCCUGUGCAUGGUCAAGUUCGACAAGGCGCAGGACCUCCGAGACCACGAGGUGCUCGCUGCCGAGCAUGCCAAGGCGCUGCAGGACGAGAACAGAAAGGAACAGGCCAUGACCAGGCUGGUAGGGCUGGGUCUCGAGACGCAGACAGUCGUCAGGAGAAAACCGAGAGACCGCUCAGAAAAGGCGCCAGUCUACGUAUCGUACGCAGACGCGGAUGGGCUUCAGUGUCUGGUGUGCCGGCGAGGGUUCAAGAGCGGGGCGGCGCUCAGGCUACACGAACGCGAGAGCGAAAUGCACCGACUCAACAUGACGGACAACACUAAUGUGGAGCGGGCGGUAACGCAACUGCUGAAGCUCGGAAAGGUGCCUAUCAAGAUGAGACCGGUCCGGGGCGGCGCCCAAUCAUCACAGCAAUACAGGGACAGGGCCAAGGAACGAAGGCUGGCGUUCAACCAGCCGGUCAAUCCCAACACCAAGCGUGGCGGGGACAGCGAGGGCUCACGGAGGGGCUUUGGUAGUGCCAAGAAGGGAGGGGCUGCGGCGGUGCCCGCUGUGGCGUCCAAAGGCGCCGCUCUGCUCAGUAAGAUGGGGUGGACGGCAGGACAGGGACUGGGGGCCGAUGGGACGGGCCGGGCCGAUGCGAUCCAGACGGAGCUGUACAUGCCGGGAGUGGGACUCGGGGCGGAGGGCGGCAAGGUGGGCGAUGCGGCGGCCGCGGCGUCGCGCAAGACCACGGGGGACUACCACUCCGACUUUAUACAGCAGACCAAGGAGAAGGCGCGGCAGCGGUUCGAGCGGCUGUCUUAGGAGCGUCAAUCUCAAGCACAGUCUAUCUAAUACAUGUUGGAAACAGGAGAAAUGGCUGCCGUGUCCGUGCCUAACUUCGUAUGCAACCGCCAGCUACACGUGUAAACGACUCGAGCAUAACAGGCAACAGUCGCAAACUAAAUGAUAACAAAGUGCAGAUAUAACAAACUGUUAUCCCA